UAUCUGCUGCUCUCCCUCUCUCUCUAUUCAGCUUCUCUCUUCACCUAUUUCAUUUCUCUUUUAUCCCUCACGCGCCGCCGCGCUUACCACCGGCGGCCACCCCUUAUCUUCCUCACAUCUACCACCGCAUCUCAUUUCCCUUCCCUCUCCUCGUUUUUUUUUCUCUUAUUCUCUCACAAAACAAAAAAACAAAAAUCAGAAAAAAAACAAAUUUUUUUCAGGAAGUUGCGUUGCUGCUCGCAUCUACCGUUCGCUGAGUCUAGCUAGGUUUUCUGUUCUUCCUAGGGUUUUAUCGUUCCCAAUAACAAGAGGAGGGGGAAGAGAAGAAAAAGAAAAAAAAGGGAAAAAUUAGGAAAAUAUUUUGGAAAAACAAAAUCAGGAAUUAGAUCGUUGUUUUGCUGAGGUAGUUGUUGUCGUUGUUGAUUGAGAUGGCUCAGGUUCAGGUUCAGCCUCAGAAUGCGAUUUCGGGUCCCAACGGCGGUGCUGCUGCUGCUGCCGCUGCCGCUGCGGCGGCUGCUGCCGGUGGAAACCAAUUCGUGACGACGUCGCUUUACGUUGGAGAUCUGGACCCGAAUGUCACGGAUUCGCAGCUCUAUGACCUGUUCAACCAAUUGGGUCAGGUUGUGUCUGUUAGGGUUUGCAGGGACUUGACCACCCGAAGAUCGCUCGGUUAUGGUUACGUCAACUAUAGCAACCCACAAGAUGCUGCCAGAGCAUUGGAUGUUCUGAACUUCACUCCUCUCAAUAACAAGCCCAUCCGUAUUAUGUAUUCACACCGUGAUCCCAGUAUCCGCAAAAGUGGGGCAGGAAAUAUAUUUAUUAAGAAUUUGGACAGGGCUAUUGAUCACAAGGCAUUAUAUGAUACCUUCUCUACAUUUGGGAAUAUCCUUUCUUGCAAGGUAGCUACGGAUUCAUCUGGACAAUCAAAAGGCUAUGGCUUUGUACAAUUUGAUAAUGAGGAAGCUGCUCAAAAAGCCAUAGAGAAGCUGAAUGGUAUGCUGUUGAAUGAUAAACAAGUGUAUGUUGGACCCUUCCUUCGCAAGCAAGAGAGAGAAGGUUCAAUGGAUAAGGCAAAAUUUAACAAUGUUUUUGUCAAGAACCUAUCAGAAUCAACCACCGAUGAUGAAUUGAAGAGUGUUUUUGGUGAAUUUGGACCAAUUACUAGUGCUGUAGUGAUGAGAGAUGGGGAUGGGAAAUCAAAGUGCUUUGGAUUUGUAAACUUUGAGAAUGCUGAUGAUGCUGCUAGAGCUGUUGACGCUCUUAAUGGCAAAAAAUUUGAUGACAAAGAAUGGUAUGUUGGAAAAGCUCAAAAGAAAUCUGAAAGGGAGAACGAAUUGAAACAACGAUUUGAGCAGAGCAUGAAAGAAGCUGCUGAUAAAUAUCAAGGGGCAAACUUGUAUGUCAAAAAUUUAGAUGAUAGCAUUAGUGAUGAUAAACUUAAGGAGCUGUUUUCCCCUUUUGGUACCAUUACCUCUUGCAAGGUCAUGAGAGACCCCAACGGCAUAAGUCGAGGAUCAGGGUUUGUGGCAUUCUCAACUCCUGAAGAGGCAUCUAGAGCACUCUUGGAUAUGAAUGGGAAAAUGGUGGUAAGCAAACCUCUGUAUGUGACUCUGGCCCAAAGGAAAGAAGAUAGAAGAGCUAGACUGCAGGCUCAAUUUGCUCAAAUGCGUCCUGUAGCAAUGGCACCAUCUGUUGCUCCUCGUGUGCCAAUGUAUCCCACUGGUGGUCCAGGUAUGGGUCAACAAAUAUUUUAUGGUCAAGGCCCUCCUGCUAUCAUUCCUUCCCAGCCUGGAUUUGGUUAUCAACAACAACUUGUGCCUGGUAUGAGGCCUGGUGGGGCUCCUGUCCCAAAUUUCUUUGUGCCAAUGGUUCAACAGGGGCAACAGGGGCAGCGUCCUGGUGGAAGACGUUCAGGUGCAGUUCAGCAGUCCCAGCAGCCAGUUCCACUUAUGCCGCAGCAGAUGCUUCCUAGGGGGCGUGUGUAUCGUUAUCCUCCUGGUAGGGGUAUUCCUGAUGUUCCCAUGCCUGGGGUUGCUGGAGGCAUGUUUUCUGUUCCAUAUGAUGUGAGUGGGAUGCCGCUGCGUGAUGCAGCAAUCUCCCAGCAAAUUCCUAUUGGGGCUUUGGCUUCUGCUCUGGCAAAUUCUGCUCCCGAGCAGCAGAGGACGAUGCUGGGUGAGAAUCUUUACCCUCUUGUCGAACAGUUGGAGCCUGAUAAUGCUGCCAAAGUGACAGGCAUGCUUUUGGAGAUGGACCAGACUGAAGUUCUGCACUUGCUUGAGUCACCAGAAGCCCUGAAGGCAAAGGUGGCUGAGGCAAUGGACGUCCUGAGGAAUGUUGCACAGCAGCAGCAGGCUGGUGGUGGUGCUGCUGAUCAGCUCGCUUCAUUAUCACUUAAUGACAACCUUGUUUCUUAAGAUUUUCAUGUUGGGGUUUUUUUUCCUUAGAGAUGAUGGAUUGUUAUUAUCGGCACUGGCUUUGAACCAGUUUUCAGGUUGAGUUUGUUUCGUUAGAUUAGAUACUUUUGGUUUCUUAUGGAUCACCUUCCUUCGGUUGAAGGACUAUUUCAACGCUGAUUUUAAUUAUGACUUUCAUUUGGUUCUGGACA